CCUCACCUAGCUCCAGUAGCAGCUCCUCUGUUAAUCCAAUGGCUUCUCUUGGAGCGUUGCAGACACUGGCAGGGGCCACGGCGGGCCUCAACGUGAGCUCUUUAGCAGGAAUGGCAGCCUUAAAUGGAGGACUUGGCAGUGGUGGUCUCUCCAAUGGCACGGGUAGCACAAUGGAAGCCCUCACGCAGGCCUAUUCUGGAAUCCAGCAAUAUGCUGCUGCUGCACUGCCCACACUCUAUAACCAGAGUCUCCUGACACAGCAGAGUAUCGGUGCAGCGGGAAGUCAGAAAGAAGGUCCGGAGGGAGCCAAUCUGUUCAUCUACCAUCUCCCCCAGGAGUUUGGGGAUCAGGAUCUGCUGCAGAUGUUCAUGCCGUUUGGAAAUGUCGUCUCUGCCAAGGUUUUCAUUGACAAGCAGACCAAUCUAAGCAAGUGUUUUGGUUUCGUGAGUUACGACAAUCCUGUCUCUGCCCAGGCUGCCAUCCAGUCCAUGAACGGCUUUCAGAUUGGCAUGAAGCGCCUGAAAGUGCAGCUCAAGCGCUCGAAGAACGACAGCAAGCCAUACUGAGCACCCUCCCCUCCGCCACUGGAGUGAGAAGGAUCUUCUGGUAAGUUGGAGAGGAGCGCACUUAGUGAUUCGAAGCCCUAAGGCUGUGUUUUUACAGUCCUGGAAGCUGAUCCAUGCCUUCUGUCUGGCACAUCUUCCCUUGAAGACUCGGCUGCAGCCUCUGCUGAGAAUCCUGCUUCGGAUGGAGGACAAGUUUGUGCUUUUGUUUCCAGUGUUUUACUUUGGAGUUUAGGUGCCAUAUCGCUGAGGUGGUUUU